CCCACCCCCGCAUCCUGAUUCCUCUGUGUGUCUUCCCAAGCUCCUUUUCUCUCCUGGCUUCUACCUUGUCUUUACCGCUCCGUCGCCGACUCCCGCAAUGCCCCUUUCCUCCCCCCAAACGCCCCUUCCUCCGUUUCUUCAGGCUUAUGGUCUAAAUCUUCGUCCUCUUCUCCCCAGCUCUUCCUCCGGCUCCUUCCCUGCUCCUCCUUUCCUCUCAUCCUGCCCCCUGCAGCUCCUCCCCAUCUGCUAGUCACCCCCCCCCCCACUUUCUCAGGAUCCUCUUCUCUCUCCACUCUUAUUCUGGAUUUUGCUCUUGACAUCUGCCAUUUUCUCCGGCUCCUCUCUCCUCUCCCUCCAGAUCUCAUCUUCUCUCCUCACUGCCACCCUCCUCCCAACACCUCUUCCGUUCCUCCUUUUCCCCAGCUCCUCCUCCCCCUCCAACCUUUUCGCUUCCCUUCACCAUCCCUUUCCGACUGCUCCGCCUCUCUCUCUGCCCUCUGUUGUCUGCCUCGCCCCGCGGAGUGAUCGAUGGGUCCCUGCGCAGCCAGUCCUCGGCGCUCGGCUCGCCAUGCCUGCGACGCUGCCAUGGAGACGUAGCCGCAGCCUCCUGGCCCUGCCCGGGACCUGGAGCAUCUGCGUCACCUGGGCCACGCGUGUCCGCGAGCGCCGGUCUAGAAGGCUGCUCCGCUGGAGCGUCUGGACAGGGCCGGGCAAGCGAUACUUUUGCCAGAAGCAGGGGGGCGCAGGACGUGGGGCUUGCAUCCUCCCUCCUCCCAGGAACUCGGCUCCAUAGUUGAGGGACGCUUCUCGCACCCGCGGAAACCCUGGCACCACUAACCAUCCGUGGGUUAUUAAGGGACCUGCGAUUGGCCCACACGCCUCACCCUUCUACCCAGCUCAGCUGGCCACAUCUUGUCACCCUUGGUAAGAGAGGAAGACUGGCUAGAAAAGGACCUGAACCAGCUCUAAGUACAGAUUCCAACUGCGUUUCGAGUGGUGUGGACAGGUCAGCCCCUGCUUCAGACUUUACAAUGCUCGUUCUCUCGGGACCCUGGAUACAUCUUGAGCUCAGAAGCAUUGCAGGGGCAGUGGACACCUAACAGGCCGCCAAGAGUGGUGUGGAGUUUCCGUCAACGCUAUACAGCUCUACUGUACAGAGCUUGGACCACAGCGCCAAUCUGACCCACUUUCUGUCUGGAAUGGCUCUCACAUGGCUUCUGAACAGGGUCAGAGGUGUCUUGGCUUCCCCUGCCCUCCUGAGAUCUUGCCCAUGGAAGGUCUGAGUUGCCUACUUCCACUAUUAAGUUGAACGAGGACUCCUUAACCCAACAGCCAUCAAGGCUGUUGGCCAACUAGUUAACAGCCCAAAGCAGCCAGCUGCUUCUGACCUAGGAAAGCCAGGUGUGCAGGAGCUUGGGGCUGGGGGAUGAGCGGUAGGGUCCCGCUGGCAGAGAAGGCCCUGUCAGAACGCUAUGCCCGCCUCCGGUACAGGGACACUUCCUUGCUGAUUUGGCAACAGCAGCAGCAGAAGUUGGAGUCUGUACCACCUGGUACAUACCUGAGCAGGAGCCGCAGCAUGUGGUACUCCCAGUAUGGAAAUGAGGCCAUCUUAGUCCGAGACAAAAACCAGCUUGGGGUCUCUAAGGACACUGGCCAGUCUAAGUUUUGCUCAAUCAUGUAAUUCCAGGGAGGUCCUUGAUGGCUGUGAAGAUCAAUCUGUGGUAUGAAAACUCAACACCCAAGAAUAUCACCCAGCCCUCUAUCAAUGGCACACUGCCGAGGCCCUGGCAAUGCUUCCAGACAAAAAGAGAGGCCAGUGAGAUGUCCCCAGCUCCUGUGAGCUGCUUGCCUGACACAGAAUGGGUCAGGUCCAGGGUAAAGAGGGGACUCUCUUCCUGGAGGGUCUCAGAUCUGUCAGUUUACUGCAGUGACAUGUGAAAAGGGGCCAGAGCUGGGGUGGCAUUUCAAAACCAAGAGUUUUGAACAGGGUGACCAACUGUUAUCCAUUACUGCAUUGUGGUUAGCACCCACACUGGUCUUGUAUAUAGGUGUGUUGUGUCCUAAACACCUUAAGUAAAACCCUCCAAUUUAAAGCUCCAUCUAAGUUGCCUGGGUCGAUUCCAAACUUAAUCGCGUGGGAAAGAGCAUCUGCCCAAUGGUGGGGCAUCGGGACCUCCUUUCUACCAGGUUGCAGUGGUCUAUCACAUGUUCCACCUCAGUACACAUGGUGUGGACAGCUGGAACAUACUUGCCUACGUAGCAGUUCAAGUCUGUGUGGCUAUGCAAAUUCGGAGAUGUUUGUCAAAGUUGAGCCUUCUAAAUAAACGUCCUAAGACUCUA